UUCAUUCAUUCAGAGAGUGAAGUACCCAGCUUCCCAGCACUCUCCACCACCAGCGUAGAAGUUCCACACGAAGGGAGAAAAUGGAGGCCAUGACAAUUUGUAGCAGCAGCAGCAGCAGGGCAGUCCCAACUAUUAACAAUUGUACAAGGAGAAAGAACGCAAGAACACACAACUCUGCUGCUUUUACACCCCUUUUCAUUCGAUCCAUGGCUGCCCAGAAACCUCUGCCAUCUGCUACCAAAACUGUUAGCUCUAGAAAGAAUUCAGCAGUUUUUCCUCUUGGAGCGCAAGGCCCUCGGAGUAGCCCCGUGACGACUUCUUCAUCGCAGAUAAAGCUACUGACAAGGGUGGAGCAGCUGAAACUACUAACUAAAGCGGAGAAAGCUGGCCUGCUAUCGGCAGCCGAAAAGUUGGGGCUCUCUUUGUCGACUAUAGAGAAAUUGGGACUUCUCUCAAAGGCAGAGGAAAUAGGAGUCCUUUCUGCAGCAACAGAUCCGGGAACCCCGGGGGCUUUGUUGAGCCUCAGCUUAGUUCUGCUGCUUUCAGGUCCCUCGUGUGUUUACCUUGUCCCUGAGGACUAUCCCUGGCAGAUAGCAUUGCAAGUUGUGGUUGCUGUAAUCUCAGUGGUUGGUGGGUCUGCGGCUUUCGCCACAUCAAAUUUUGUAUCCAACUUGCAGAAAUAAACCUGAAUACGGCAGUUCCAACGA